AUGGAUGGAAAGAAAGAUGAAGCAAGCAUCCUCCUUACAUAUGAUGAUAGUUUCAUUGAUUUUUUUUUUCCUCCUCUUUCCUUUUGUUCUAAUCUAUCUACCUAUAUUCCUUUCUUUCUUUCUUUCUUUCUUUCUCAAUUUGUUCAUAUCUAUCUGCCUGUCUGUCUAUUUAUCUUUGCUCCUUUUUAUCACCUUCUUUCUUUCUUUUUUUUCAUUCUAUCUGUUUGUUCCUAUCUAUCUAUCUAUCUAUCUAUCUAUCUAUCUAUCUAUGUCCCUUUCUCUCUCUUUCUUUUUUUCUUCUUAUCUGUUCAUAUCUACCACUCUAUCUAUUUCUUUUUCUUUCUUUCUUUCUUUCUUUCUUUCUUUCUUUCUUUUUUCUUUCUUUCUUUCUUUUUUUUUUGUCAGUUUGUUCAUAUCUAUUUCUUUUUCUUUUUUACUUUCUUUCUUUCUUCUUUGUCAGUUUGUUCAUAUUCAUCUAUCUAUCUAUCUAUCUAUCUAUCUAUCUAUCUAUCUAUAUAUAUAUAUAUAUAUAUAUAUUUCGUUUUCUUUUUCUUUUCUUUGUCAAUCUGUUCAUAUCUAUCUAUCUAUCUAUCUAUCUAUAUAUAUAUAUAUAUAUAUAUAUAUAUAUAUAUAGACAUAUUUCUUUUUUCUUUCUUUGUCAAUCUGUUCAUAUCUAUCUAUCUAUCUAUCUAUCUAUCUAUCUAUCUAUCUAUCUAUCUCAGUCUAUCCAUAUCUAUUUACCUCAGUCUAUUCAUUAUCUAUCUAUCUAUCUAUCUAUCUAUCUAUCUAUCUAUCUAUCUAUCUAUCUAUCUAUCCCAGUCUGUUCAUAUCUCUCUAUAG